AUGAAUAAGGCAUAAAUAAAAAAAUGGGAAACUUAUAUGAGAUUGUAUAUAAAAAGAAAAAAAAACGCCAAUAUAGAUUUGGUCAGUUUAAAUAAAAUUGAUUGUUUUAUAGAAAAAAGAAAUGAGAUAAGGAGCAAUGAGAAGAAGAACUAUGGAGAUGUCUAUUGUAAAAUGAUUAAUUAAGUUGAUGCAGAAAAAAUACUUUAGAUAAAUUAAACAUAUAGAACAAUAAAAGAAAGAUUAAUUUUAGAAGAUGGGAAUAUUAAGAAGGAAUAAAGGACAUAGAGAAAGGAAGAGAAAAUAAAAAGUUGGAUUUAUAAAAUGAAAAAAAAUUAAUUAACAAAAUUGCAUAGGCCUGACUUUUUAUUAAAAAUAAAUUUCAUCAGAAGGAGAGAAUAUGAGCCUAUUUUAGAGGGAAACCCAGCAAUAGCCAAGUUGUGA